UCCGAGACUGCAGGCGUACUACGGGAGAGGGUCCGAGACUGCAGGCGUACUACGGGAGAGGGUCCGAGACUGCAGGCGUACUACGGGAGAGGGUCCGAGACUGCAGGCGUACUACGGGAGAGGGUCCGAGACUGCAGGCGUACUACGGGAGAGGGUCCGAGACUGCAGACGUACUACGGGAGACGGUCCGAGACUGCAGACGUACUACGGGAGACGGUCCGAGACUGCAGACGUACUACGGGAGACGGUCCGAGACUGCAGACGUACUACGGGAGACGGUCCGAGACUGCAGGCGUACUACGGGAGACGGUCCGAGACUGCAGACACGUACUACAGGAGAUGAUCAGAGACUGCAGAAAUAGUACAGGAGAUGGUCAGAGACUGCAGACAUAGUACAGGAGACGAUCAGAGACUGCAGACAUACUACAGGAGACGGUCAGAGACUGCACACAUGGUACAGGAGAUGAUCAGAGACUGCAGCCAUAGUACA